CGCUCCCGCGCUGGGGAGCUAGGCCGGCUUUUCUCCGCAGGCCGCGGUUAAGAGUCGGUGGCGAAGGGCGCGCGAAGGGCCGUCAGCCACGCGGCGUCAGCCGUGGCGUCGGGGUCGUUGUGUCGUGACAACGACUCCGGUAGCCGUGUCCGCGACAGCUGGUGCGGCCGCUUUAGCCCCAGGCGGGCUCAGCGGCUGCCUGGCGAGUCUGUGCUCGCGCCCAGCCCUUUCCUUCCUGGACCCAGCGCCAAGCAGCGACGCUGAGCCGACCGCCGGAGCGGCGGGCAAUGGCGGCCUCGACGGCCUCGCAUCGGCCCAUCAAGGGGAUCCUGAAGAACAAGAGUUCUGCGACUUCCUCUGUGGUGGCCUCGGCCGAGCAGCCCGGCAGGAGUGUCGACGAAGAGCUGAGUAAAAAAUCCCAGAAGUGGGAUGAAAUGAACAUCCUGGCGACAUAUCAUCCAGCAGACAAAGACUAUGGUUUGAUGAAAAUAGAUGAACCUAGCACUCCUUACCAUAGUAUGGUAGGUGAUGAUGAAGAUGCACUGAGUGAUUCAGAAACCAAUGAAACCUUGACCCCAGAUAUCUUAGCUAAGAAAUUAGCUGCUGCUGAAGGCUCAGAGCCAAAGUAUCGGGUUCAUGAACAAGCAAGCAGUGAAGAUGAGGAUAGUGACCUCUCACCUGAAGAACAAGAAAAAAAGCGACAGUUUGAAAUGAAAAGGAAGCUUCACUACAAUGAAGGACUGAAUAUUAAAUUAGCUAGACAAUUAAUUUCAAAAGACCUACAUGAUGAUGAGGAAGAUGAAGAAAUGUCAGAGACUGCAGCUGAAGAAAGCAUGAACACGGAAGAGUUAAAUCAAGGAUCUACUACAAGUGACCAACUGCAAAACAAAUCACAGAGUUCAUAGAAAAUAUUUGUUCAGCACUGUAAUUGUCAGAUACAGACCCUGUUCCUAUAAUACACUGCUUCUUGUUCUCAACAAUUCAUGACUUAAGUACCAAAAUGCGUACCAGUUAUUAUAUAUUGCCAAGAAUUAAAUGACUUUCAAGACUAAUUAGACUGAAAAUGCCUAAUUGAUACAUAUAUUCUUGUGCCUAGUACUUCAUCACAAAUAUAGCAUAAUGUCAUCAGUCCCAAACUACAUUACUUUUGUAAGAACACUGGUUAAUUUGUAUAUUAUAUAGCUUUUUAUGCUUUAGAAGUUAAAAUAAUAUCUUUUGGGGGAUCUAAUUUAUUUUCUUCACUUCUAGAUGUGAUAGCUCUUAUAUAAAGAGUGGGUUUGUUUUUUUUUUUAAUCGUAAUCCAGUUGGAAUAGCAGAUUAUAUAAGCUGGUAAUAUUCAGUCUGAACAGUAUUUUAACAUGUGUCUUCAACUUGAUUUGUUUGUUUAAUUGAAAAGGAUCAUAAGAGUAACUUGGCAUUUUCUGACCUACUAUCUCUAAAAUUCCCCUUGAGUUUCUUUAUGUUUACAAGGACAGGAUUUAUUUUUUCCUCAUCAAAAGUAGCUUUUUUUCACAAAUAAAUUACCGGGUUAAACUCGCAGUAACAUCUGCUCUGUUUUUUGUACACUCGAUGGGCAGACUUUCAGAUCAGUUUUUUAAAUAAAUACAAUUCUGAUACAGUCUCAACAUUCCCUUUAUAUACCUGUCUUAACCUCUUGCCUUUGUUUCUUUCUUCUUUCCACAUAUACACAGACAGCUCUUUACCUUUAUAAAGUGUAAUAAAGAUGGUCAUGGAAUUAGGAACUCUUCUUUCUCUCACAUAUUCUAUCAUUUGCUGCUAUAAUGAAAUGUUUGACUAUCAAUGCCUAUUAGUUCUUCUAAUGUAUGGAGAAAGUUGAACAGCAGCCAUACUAUAGACAGAAAAUACAAUUCAGCUGUGGAAUUUCUACACCUCUCUGAUUUGCAGCUUGCUAAUUAAAUUGCUAUAAUUAGUUUGUUGUUUGACUUGAUUAGACCUUAGAAAACAGCUAGCAGGUUUUUUUGCAUGAUGAGAGAAUUGUGUGUAACCGGUGAUAUGAUAGUUCCUGAAUGUACAGACAGAAUAAUCCUGAACACUUUCUAAUUUAAAAACUUUAAAUAGUCCCUGCUUUAAGGGAAUAUGAUAAUGUAUACUACAAAUGUGCUUUAUUCUUCUAACACAGUAAGAUCUGGAUUUUUUUCCUGAAAUGAAGUGCAGUUCCUGUGUUAGUUUAGUGAUAGUUUCAUUUCUCGUCAAUUAUUUGUAUCUUAAUUUUUUUGUCAGUACCAAAAGAAUUCAUUAUAUGAACAGACUUUUAAAAUAUUUUCUGUAUAUUGUAUAUAUGAAAUGGCUUUUAUUGAACAGCUUAUCUUCCACUUGCAAGUUUAUGAAAAUACCAAUAUGUCAAAAUAAAUAAAAAGUGGGAGAAUUCUUUGCUGUUAGAAGAAUGUGCUUUUUAUUUUGAAUGACUUUUUUUUUUUUUUUAAAUGGGAUCCAGUCAGAGUACUUCUAAACUGUAUAGUAUUCUGACUGAAACUUACUAGCUCAUUACACCUCUGAUUUAUAAACAAAAUAGUGUUUGUGUCUGCUUUUUGCUUUCUGAAUUUAGAAUGUUGAAAUAUUCUUACCGGUUUAAAUCCACUUUGGGGAAUUUAAGUUGAUACAUAUGUGUAUUCAUAUGUUCAUGCACAUGGACUUCUGUUCUUGGUGUUCUCAUUUUGAGCUGUAAGAAAGUAUGCAUGUACUCUGUAGAAAUAGCUGCUAUAUAGUGAAGAAAAGGUAAGACCUUUAACAACUGAUUUGUUUUGCUGUUUUCUACAAACUCAAAGGCAAACACUCAUUUCUGGUUUCAGGAAGUACAUAAUUAUAUCAGAGGAGUAAGAUGUAAAAAUGACAUGCUCAAUAGAAUUUUAGUCUUAUGUAAUUGAGUAAAACCAUUUUUGUGUCAUGAGUUCCUCACUGACAUGUUAUUGGACUGUAUAAAAAAAUGAAUAUAAUUCAAGUUAGAUCUUCCUUUGGAGAAAGUUGUCUUGUCAGUGUUCAGUUCUAGCCACGAGCCACGGUGGGUUUUUAGUCAGCAUCACUUCUUAGUUUUUCUAGUAUCUUUUUUUGUUUGUUCAUUUUUCAGUCUGAAAUCGAGCAAUGAUGCUUUUUAAAAUCUGAGACAUAAUGGUAUGAAAGAUUGUUAAAAUAUUAAUAACUUUAAAUUGAAUAUUGAAGGAAAGUGCCAUUUUCUCCAAAUGUUCAUAAUUUUUUCCACUUUAGGUUAGUAAACACAUUAUAAGAAACUAUAGCAGUAUGACAGUUUUCUUCCUGUGGGUUUUAUUUUCUUGUUACCCACCUAUCUUGGGCCCGUGUUCUGAAUACCAUGAGAGGUUCUUGGACUAUAUUGUGGCAAACUAAUUGUUUUGUUAUAGAAAUGGUAACAAGAACUACCAUUUCUUGAAAACUAUUACUUGUUCUUGCCCAUCAUUGUGCUCAGUCUUUAUUAUCUGAUCCUCAGAACAAUCACACAAAGCAAAUAUUCUUAGUAAUACUUUGUAGGGAGGAAAAAGCUCUUGGCCAAGUUAUUCAGUCUCUCACAAAUGCUAAAUGACAGGAUUCAAAUCCAGACCAACUAUGUUUUUUAUUCAUGCUUUUUUAGAUACAUAAAAUUCCUUAGAAGUUGCACCUUAAAAAUAAACUUUAUUUGGAUUAUUGAUAAA